UUCAGAGAUCAGAAGAGACGAGAGGCACCAGAAAGCAUCUGGGAUAAGUGGGGGUUGGGGGCUAGCAAUUGGGCACCCACAAUACUGGUGGUCAGUCUCCAGGGAACCCAGCCUCAGUCUUGACACCUCAACAUCUCUGGCCUUGGGUGCCCAGAGCCUGGCCUGAUGCAGGCAUACUGGUUCCUCUGGGCCUUGGUGGUCCUCCAGCUCUUGGGCUUUGGCCAUGGGGCUCGAGGAGCUGUGAGGGAGUGGGAAGGAGGCUGGGGAGGAGCCCUGGAGGAGGAGCGGGAGCGGGAGGCCCUAAUGCUGAAGCAUUUACAGGAAGCCCUGGGGCUGCCGGAUGGGAGGAGGGAGGAGAAUCCUGCCUCAACUGCAGAAGGCCAAGGGACUGGGGGGACAAAGGAGGAUCAAGGGGAGGAAGAGGAGGAAGCAACACAGACUCCCACCACCACCAGCUCCAGCCCCUCUCCUACUCCUGAGGACACCAUCACUUAUAUCUUGGGCCGACUGGCGGGCCUGGACGCGGGCCUGCACCAGCUGCACGUCCGUCUGCACGCUCUGGACACCCGCGUGGUGCAGCUGACCCAGGGGCUGCGGCAGCUUCGGGAGGCAACAGGCAACACCCGGGACGCCGUGGAAGCCCUUCAGGAGGCGCAGGGCCGCGCCGAGCGCGAGCACGGCCGCUUGGAGGGCUGCCUGAAGGGGCUGCGUCUGGGCCACAAAUGCUUCCUUCUCUCGCGUGACUUCGAGACGCAGCCGGCGGCGCAGGCGCGGUGCGUGGCUCGGGGCGGGAGCUUGGCGCAGCCGGCAGACCGCCAGCAGAUGGACGCGUUGGCGCGCUACCUGCGCGCGGCACUCGCGCCUUACAACUGGCCGGUGUGGCUGGGCGUGCACGACCGGCGCGCCGAAGGUCUCUACCUCUUCGAGAACGGCCAGCGCGUGUCCUUCUUCGCCUGGCACCGUGCACCCAGCCCCGAGCCGGGCGCCCGGCCCAGCGCCGCGCCGCACCCGCUCAGUCCCGACCAACCUAACGGCGGAGUGCUGGAGAACUGCGUGGCGCAGGCCUCGGACGACGGCUCCUGGUGGGACCACGACUGCGAUCGGCGCCUCUACUACGUCUGCGAGUUCCCCUUCUAGCGGGCCGGUUCCCGCCCCUGCGCUCCACCCCGCUGCUCCCUUCCCUCCCUGGGCCCCUAAGUGCUCCUCACCUCUGCGGGCCAGGCGCCCCGGGCGGGGGGCGGGGGCGGGGAGGACUCCCCUGGAGUUCAGGAAUGGGGAUUUAACCCUGACUGGUCCUCCCUCCUUCACACAAACCACCCCAGCGGAUAUCGGAUCUCCUGGGAAGGAAAGAAGGAAGGAGGCACCCUGUCUCCCCCCCCCCCCCCCCAGAGGAGCGCACUUACCCUUAUUCUCUCUGGAGUCACAGAAAGUACAAAACGGAGCCAGGUGUGGUGGUUUACGUCUGUUUUCCUAGCUACUUGGGAAGCAGUCAUCCGGAAGGUCGUGGUUCAAAGGCCAGCCUUGGCAAAAAGAUCUCAAGCCCGCAUCUCACUCAAUAAAAACUGGAGAUACGAUGGUA